AUGGACCCCUCGGCCGUAGCGGCGCUCGGCACAGCCGCUGGAGCUGGCCAACACCAUCCACACAACGGCAGCGGCAAUGGCGUGCUCUCCGCUGGUCAGCCCUCCGAGGCGGAGAUGAAGCGCAUCCGCCAGCGCCGCCGCCUGGCCUGCAAGACGCCGGAGCAGCGCCGCAAGCUGCAGCAGUAUCAGCGCCGGCACAACGAGAAAGACGAGCGACUCUACUACUGCGACUACUGUGACCUGUUCAUCUCCUCGCGGCACAGAACGUGGAUGACGCACCUGCGCAGUGCUCGACACACGGACGCGUUCCAGUCCUAUUACGACCUCGUCGCGCACGUCGAGAGCGUGUGGGUGGCGGAAAUAAACCGCGAGGUGGAGCUGGCACGGAGUCGCGAGGUGCAUCGAUUGCAGCAGAGGUCCGCUGGCAAGGGAGCCGCGACGCCGCUGACAGCGCAGCAAGUCGCGCCGGGUAUCGUCGUCGGAGGCGCACCCGCACCGGGGCGUCUUCCACCACCGCCGCCAUUUCCGCACCCCCCACAUGGCUCAGCGCAGGUCGUCCCGACACCGACCAUCCGCGUCGGCACCAAGACAAUUCUACCUCCUGCCGCGUCUGUAGCGUCGCCCGCGUCGCCAUUGACAGCUGCGGAGAGGAGCAGGACGAGCGAGGAUGAACCUCGGCUGUCCAUGCCAUGA